AUGACGGCCCCUCCUCACCGCGGGUGGAAGGUCCCCGCCCGCACUCGGCGGGCCCUCUACCCGGUGGAGAACGCGCAGAUGCAGCGCUGGACUUCGGCCCCGCAGACACCUCGCAGAGGCCUAGGAGGGAUUCCCUACUGGCCCCGAGGACGCGCCGUGGAGGUCAAACUUCGCAUCUCUCUCGGGUACGAAAGAGUGUUCGAUGAGGAAGGAAGGGACCCUGCACUCCAUUUCUACCCACCCCAGCAGUGGACUACGGCCCCCCCACUCCCCAGCUCACCAAGGCUACAGCGUUCCCCAGCUGCGGUCCUGGAAGGGGCUCCUGGAGACCAUCCCUUUGUGCAAGUGAAUGUCACUCCGUCCACACUGGCCACGCCUGUGACCCCUACUGUCCUCACCGCCCCUGCUGGAUCCAUAAUGGCCCCCUGGUGCUACUGCCUCCUCUACCUCCUGAUAGGGAGUCUCUCUGGGACCCCUGCCAACUCCCCGGGUGAAUCAAGGAGCCCUUGGGUCACAGCUCCGCUGGCCCCGGGAGAGGUGGUGGAGACUGCAGACGCGGUGUGCAGGUUCCCAGGGCGGCGGCUGAGCUGGUGGCAGGCCCAAGAGUCCUGUGAGCAGCGGUUUGGCCACCUGGCACUGGGGCCCCUGGAUGGGGUCCUUGCUCCACGGCUGCCCCACCCCAUCUGGGUGGGCCAAAAAGAAGCCCCUCUGCGAAGACCCCCGCACAGGCGUUGGCGCACUACGGCGGCGCUGAUGUUCGGCGAGCGGAGCGCGGAGCGCGCGGCGCGGCUGCGGACGCCCCUGCCGGCGCUGGGGGCGCUGACGGCGUGCGCGCACGUGCAGUGCGACGCCGCUUCGCCCGACACGGCCGCGCUCUUCUCCCUCGCCGUGCCCGCGCUGGCCAACGCGCUGCAGCUGCGCGCCUUCGCCGAGCCGGGCGGCGCCGUGCACGCGGCGCUCGUGGUGCGCGGUCACCACGCGCCCUUCCUCGCCGCCUUCCCCGCCGACGGCCGCUGGCACCACGUGUGCGCCACGUGGGAGCAGCGCGGGGGGCGCUGGGCGCUGUUCGCCGACGGGCAGCGGCGCGCCGGGGCGCGGGGACUGAGCGCGGGCCACCCGGUGCCACCUGGCGGCAUCCUCGUGCUGGGCCAGGAUCAGGACUCUCUGGGCGGCGGAUUCUCGGCGCGUGACGCCUUCAGCGGCAACCUCACCGACUUCCACCUGUGGGCCCGGGCGCUGAGCCCCGCGCAGCUGCACCGCGCACGGGCCUGCGCGCCGCCCCCCGGCGGCCUGCUCUUCCGCUGGGACCCGAGCGCCCUGGACAUCACGCCCUCGCUGCUGCCGCCCGUGCGGGUGCGCCUUCGCUGUCCGGUGCCUUCAGAGGAGUGCCCUACGUGGGACCCAGGACCCCGCACCGAGGGCUCUUUGCUCUGCCUGCAGCCACGGCCCUUCCUCUGCUGCUACCGGACAGAGACCUAUCGGGGGCUGCAGGACACCCGGUCCUGGCCUGGCCAGGAUGUUAUCGGCCGAGUCAAUGCCUUGGCCAAGGCCAUCGUGCUCCUCGCUGACCCCCUCUCUGAAGCCCACGGAGAACUGUCCCCAGCCGAGGCCUCCAGCUUCCUGGGUAUCGUGGAGAGAGUCCUGGUAGAGGAGGCGGCUCCGCCGGGGCCGGCUGCCCUGCUGGCAGUUGUGCACUUUCUGAAGAGGGUGACGGCCCUUGGGGCUGGGGAGCCUGAGCCUUUGACGGGGCCCUGGGAGCAGCUGGGACGAGGCGUCAUGUCUGUGGCCAGCCUGGUCCUGGAGGAGCAGCUGGCAAGGGCGUGGCUGGCUGUCAGCGAGGUGGUUGGUGGACCCAUGGCCCUGGUGGUGAGUGUGCAGCGCCUGGCUCCUCUGCUGAGCGCCAUGCUGACCUCUGAGCGGCCCCAGAUGCACAUCCAGCACCGCCAUGCCGGCCUGGAGGUGCGGAGCCUACGCUUGAGGGGGGCCAGCUCAGAGGGCUUCGUGUUCACGAUGCCCGGUGGGCGUCCAGACGGGCCCGGCCACAUCCACAUCCCUGCGGGUGAACCAGGCCUCUCUGGAGUCACCGUGAUCCAUAGCUGGUUCAGCUCCAGUGUCUUCCAGCACACCCUGGGGGGGCCUGGCCUAGAGCCCCAGCCCCAUGACGGCUCAGAAGAGGCAAGCAGGAUGCAGAGGUUCCUAAGCACCCAGGUGGGAUCAGCCAUCAUAUCCUCUGAGGUAUGGGAUGAAACUGGGGAGGUAAACACGGCCGUGACCUUUCACCUGCAACACCAGGCCCAGGCCUUCCGUCAGAAGCUGGUGGAGCCUGUCUGUGCUUUCUGGAACUUCAGCAUCAGCCCGGACUCAGGGGGCUCCUGGGCCACUGCUGGCUGCUCCGUGGCCGCCCUGUACCAGGACUCGACCGCCUGCUCCUGCAACCACAGCACCAACUUUGCCGUCCUGUUGCAGGUGUAUGACGUCCAGAGAGGCCCCGAGGAGGAGUCGCUGCUAAGGACGCUCUCCUUCGUGGGCUGUGGUGUGUCUUUCUGCGCCCUCGCCACCACCUUCUUGCUCUUCCUGGCAGCCAGGGUCCCCAAGUCAGAGCGAGCCACAGUCCACAAGAACCUCACGUUCUCCCUGGCCUCUGCUGAGGGCUUCCUCAUGGCCAGCGAGUGGGCAAAGGAUAACAAGGUGGGUGGCCAGCGGGUGGCAUGUGUGGCCGUCACGGCUGCGAUGCAUCUCCUCUUUUUGGUCGCAUUCUCCUGGAUGUUGGUGGAGGGACUGCUGCUGUGGAGCAAGGUGGUGGCCGUGAGCACGCGCCCCGGCCCCAGGAUGACGCUCUACUACGCCGCCGGCUGGGGCAUGCCUGUGGCUAUCGUGGCCGUCACCCUGGCCAUGUCCCCCCAUGACUACGUGGCCCCUGGGCACUGCUGGCUCAAUGUGCAUACAGACACCAUCUGGGCCUUUGUGGGGCCCGUGCUCUUCGUGCUGACUGCCAACACCUGCAUCCUGGUCCGUGUGGUGAUGGUCACCGUGUCCAGUGCCCGCCGCCGUGCCCGCAUGCUGAGCCCACAGCCCUGCCUGCAACAGCAGAUCAGGAUCCAGAUAUGGGCCACCGUGAAGCCCGUGCUGGUCCUGCUGCCCGUCCUGGGCCUGACCUGGCUGGUCGGUGUGCUGGUGCACCUCAGCCCAGCCUGGGCCUAUGCUGCCGUGGGCCUCAAUUCCUUCCAGGGGCCGUACAUCUUCCUGGUCUAUGCUGCCUACAAUGGGGAGGUACGGAACGCCCUGCAAAGAAUGACUGAGAAGAAGGCAGCUGAGGCGUUCACGGUGCAGGCAGGUCCCUGGGAGGUAGCUCAGGACCACCCCAUAGCCUUGGCUCCACCCCGAAAACACCUGGCUCUCAGAGGGACCCGCGGCCCCAGAAUCCCCACAACCUUCUCCUCCAUUGCAGACCCCGAGAGAUCGGCGCCCCGUUCCUCAGUGACCGGGCUGAAGGGUGCUGGGAGCAGCUGGGAGCUGCGGACUGCAUGCUGGCAGAACCUGGAUGCCAAGGCCACUGGGGGUGAGAGAGUCAUCACCAAGGCCGUGGAGCUGACAGCGUUCAAGGCUUCAGCCCCACUGAACCAGAAUGGAGGCCAUCUGAGAGCAGCCACCCCGGCCCUGCUGCAAGUGAAGGGACCUGUCCAUCGCUCUGCUCCUUAUUGGUGCCUGCAAGUCCUCCGUUAG